AUGACUGAAUCAAAUGUUACUCGUCGUUGGUCGAAAUUUAGCACAAUAUUCAUUAAAAUAAGUCUGAUAUCUGCGGGUUUAUAUAUAUUAGCUUCAUUGGCUUUACCAAUCGUUCUUAUUGUUCAUCCAACGAUCAUAAAACACGUUGUGUUUUUGAACAUUUUGAAGUCAGGUACUAAUUUUACUCAAACGGAAAAAUUUGGUCUCGAUCGUGUGUUUAAUUUUUAUUUGGAUGUUGAACCUACAGUUCGUAUUGGUGUUUGGCAUUAUCGUUCUCCACUUGUUCAAGAUCAGUCAUAUACUACAGAUGAAGAAUAUUUUCAAAAACAUUUUGUAUCACAACCAUCAACUAUACCAAUACUUAUUUAUUUUCAUGGCAAUGCUUUUGAUCGUUCAAUGUUUAAUCGUCGUGGAAUGUGUGAAAAAUUACGUACAGAAUUAAAAUAUGAUGUUUUUACAUUUGAUUAUCGUGGUUAUGGUGAUUCAACUGGUGAACCAACAGAAGAAGGUUUAAUCAGAGAUGCUCGUUAUGUUUAUGAUUGGUUACAUGACAUGAGUAAUGGUCAAAGAAAAAUUUAUAUAUGGGGUCAAUCACUUGGUUCAGCUGUUGCUUGUCAAUUAGCAGCAAGAUUAUCCGAUGAUGAAAGUAUGAAUAUGAUUUUCUUUAAUUUUUUUUAUUUAGUUAUUUUAGGUAAAAGUCUUGCUGGUAUUGUUAUGGAAGCACCAUUUAUAAAUAUUCAUCAAGCUUUACAAACACAUUAUCUUGCAUUAUUUUUUCGUUGGCAACCAUGGUAUUAUGGUCUAACUGAAAAAGCUUUACUUAUAAGUAAACUUGCAUUUCAAACACGUAGUCAUUUAUCAAGUUUAAAUUGUCCAUGUGUACUUUUACAUGCUGAUGAUGAUUAUACAAUACCUUAUGAACAUAGUAAACAAUUAUUACAAGCUGGUUUAACUAUUCGUGAUGGUAAUAGAAAUAAGAAACAAUUACUUCAUUUUACAAUUGAUAUGAUUUCAUUUCAUCAUGCUGGUUAUGGGCAUUCACUUAUGUAUCGAGCACCGAAAUUAAUACCUGCAUUAAAACAUAUUAUAUUCGAUGAAGAUUUAUGA